GACAGAUAGGAAGACUUACCGCGAAACAGAGCACCAGUCGUCUGGCCCAUAUACAUACAAACUACUUCUUUCGAUCUCUCACACUCGGAGGCUUUCUCUCUUUCUCUCCGUGACUUUACCGGUCAGUCUCUAGGGUCUGCUGUUGACCGUAGAGUCAAUGGAGGUCGAAGCACACAGAUUAUCCGACUUCGAUCUCGACAAGAACCGAUCCUUCUCUUACUCCAUGAACCUCGGUACGGAGCCUCCGACUUCAGAAAUGUCAGAGUCGCGGGAAAGUGACCGACUGGAAUCUCCGUUUGAUCCUAACUCGGAAACGGAGUCUCCGACUGGAAGCCGGAAAUGUGAGGGCUUUGAUAUGACUCCGAAUUCGAUUUUAAACGGCGAAUCGACGGCGGAGAAAUGUGAGGGAUCUGAGACUUCUGGUGGAGUCAGAGUCGCAGGUUCACCGGCGAGUUUCGUGUCCAGUGCAAUGAAGGUCCAGAAGGUUUAUCGGAGUUAUCGCACUCGGCGCAAGUUAGCAGAUUCAGCUGUAGUAGCUGAAGAGCUCUGGUGGCAAGCGAUCGACUAUGCAAGAUUGAAUUACAGUACAGUUUCCUUUUUCAAUUUCUUAAAACCGGAAACUGCGGCUUCGCGGUGGAAUCGAGUCAGAUUGAAUGCUUCUAAGGUGGGUAAGGGUUUGUCCAAAAACGCCAAAGCACAAAAAUUGGCUUUUCAGCAUUGGAUCGAAGCUAUUGAUCCACGGCACCGAUAUGGGCAUAGCUUGCAUCUAUAUUAUGAGGAGUGGUGUCAAGCUGAAGCUGGCCAGCCCUUCUUCUACUGGUUGGAUAUUGGAGAUGGGAAAGAUGUUGAUCUCAAAGAAUGCCCCAGAUCAAAGCUUCGACAACAAUGCAUCAAGUAUCUUGGACCUCAAGAGAGAGAAUACUAUGAAUACGAUGUUCUGGAUGGAAAAAUAGUGCAUAAACAAACAGGAAAUUUCCUAGACACAAAAAAUGGAGCAACCGGGGCAAAAUGGAUAUUUGUGAUGAGCACCUUAAAGAGACUUUAUGCCGGAGAGAAAAAGAAAGGAAUGUUUCAUCAUUCCAGCUUCUUGGCUGGAGGCACUACAUUAGCUGCUGGAAGGCUUGAGGUUGAGGGUGGCACACUUAAGUCCAUCUCGGCAUACAGUGGACACUACCGCCCAACUGAUGAUAUCCUUGACAGUUUUCUAUCAUUUUUGAAGGAAAAUGGAGUCAACCUUGACAGAGUUGAAAUACGGAAGCCAAAUGAAGAUUAUGAUAACUAUGAAGAGAGCAAGUCAAACAGAGAUGAGACUCCAGCCGAAGUUUCGGUGUAUUUAGUUCUGCCCCAAUCUGACAUUUCCAAUGAAGAGCAGAAGGAUCUCUUCUCUGAACCAACUGAACUUCCCCAAACUGAAACUAAAACCAAUUAUGAAAGAACUCUAUCCGGCGGUCUUCAGAGCCCAAGAGCAGAGGUGCCCAAGACAGCAAUAUUGCAAAGGAUCAAUUCCAAGAAGGCUGCGAAGUCAUACCAGUUGGGGCAUCAACUCACUCUAAAAUGGUCAUCAGGUGCUGGCCCAAGAAUUGGUUGUGUUGCAGAUUACCCUGUAGAGCUGAGGUUACAAGCCUUGGAAUUUACCAACCUCUCUCCAAGAACUUCACCUACUUCAACAACCCCCAGGCGGGGAGCCAGUCUUCUUUCACCUACAGAUCGUGCUUCACAGGGCCACUAUAAUGGUGGUAUGGCAAUCCCUGGAGUUUAAUUAUGCACCAAGUUUCUCUCUAGUUUCUUUCAGUCCCCAAUUUCUAGAUGCUUUAAUGAAUGUAAUUUCCCCCUUCUGUCAUGCGUACCAGUACCAGAGGAUUAUUAUAAUAAGUUCAUAGGAAUCUGUUCUCUUUCCUGUUAAUUCCACCUUCUCCAAACUGAAAAUUAAAGUAGUGUAAUUGAGCGGAGACUCUGAUUUUCAGCAGCUGCACUGUGAACUGUUGGUUCUUCAUGCCACCAAAUGUAUAUGACCAAAGAAUAAGCAGACUCUCUACAUACCGUGGAAGGAG